CGCUGCUGAGAGGGAGCCUCGCACGGCCUGGAGUGGCGUACCGUGCCGGUGGCCGGCCUUGUUCUCCAUGACGGCCGGCUACAACCGACUGCCCCGGAUGACAACUAGCCGCAGGAGCCCCCAACCCAGUCGCCGCCUGAAGCAGCGCUCGCGUCUGCAGCGACCAUAAGGCCGGGCUGCGGGAGGAAUCUGUUCGCCGGCACCGUCUCUCUACUUGUCAGCGGAGGCAGCUGCCGCAGCCCGCUCUUACAGGAGGGAGACGGGAGGGAGGACCCCUCGGCUGUGCCUGCCGAGCGGAGCUGCGGCCUUCCUGAUUCAGUUACUCCCACUGCCUGUUGAGAGGUUUGGUUUAUGUGGCUUCUGCAGAAAGGAAGCACGCGUCGCCUCUGAAGUGGUAUCGUAUCCCCAGUGGAGAGAGAGAUUGUGUGCUGCACUCGUAAACAGUUACGUACAAAGACUGAAUGUUUGUGUGAUAAUGUGCACAUUCGAGCUGAAGAUGCCUCACUUGGUAGUCACAGUACCACUGGGAAGAUGAGUGGCCAAAUGCGACCUGACUCGGAAAAACCGAAGGACCCAUCAAGCGAGUAUGAUGUUGAUUGCAGUCUGACCGUCAGCAGUGUGUGCUUACAGUGCUGCUGUUCAGGAUGAAUAGGAAGAAAGGAGACAAAGGAUUUGAGAGCCCAAGGCCAUAUAAAUUAACUCACCAGGUAGUUUGUAUCAACAACAUAAAUUUUCAGAGAAAGUCUGUUGUAGGUUAUGUGGAACUUACAAUAUUUCCCACAGUUGCAAACCUGAAUAGAAUCAAACUGAACAGUAAACAGUGCCGGAUUUACAGAGUAAGAGUCAACGACUUAGAAGCUGCUUUCAUCUAUAAUGAUCCAACACUGGAGGUUUGUCACCACGAAUCAAAGCAGAGGAAUCUCAACUAUUUUUCCAAUGCCUAUGCUGCUGCAGUCAGUGCUGUGGACCCAGAUGCUGGAAAUGGAGAACUGUGCAUUAAAGUUCCCUCAGAGCUAUGGAAACAUGUCGAUGAGUUAAAAGUCCUGAAAGUGCAUAUAAACUUCUCUCUGGACCAGCCAAAAGGAGGCCUUCACUUUGUGGUACCCAACAUGGAGGGCAGCAUGGCAGAAAGAGGGGCUCAUGUCUUUUCAUGUGGUUAUCAAAAUUCUACAAGGUUUUGGUUUCCUUGUGUUGAUUCCUAUUCUGAGUUGUGCACUUGGAAACUUGAGUAUACUGUAGAUGCUGCAAUGGUGGCUGUUUCGAAUGGAGAUUUGGUGGAAACUGUAUAUACCCAUGAUAUGAGAAAGAAGACUUUUCAUUACAUGCUGACUAUUCCAACUGCAGCUUCAAACAUCUCCUUGGCAAUAGGACCUUUUGAAAUCCUUGUUGAUCCAUACAUGCAUGAGGUGACUCACUUUUGCUUACCACAACUUCUCCCAUUGCUCAAACAUACCACAUCAUACCUUCAUGAGGUGUUUGAAUUUUAUGAGGAGAUUCUUACCUGCCGCUAUCCAUACUCCUGUUUUAAGACUGUUUUUAUAGAUGAAGCUUAUGUUGAAGUAGCUGCUUAUGCAUCCAUGAGUAUUUUCAGCACAAAUCUCUUGCACAGUGCAAUGAUUAUAGAUGAAACUCCACUGACAAGGAGGUGUCUAGCACAGGCCCUGGCACAGCAGUUCUUUGGAUGUUUUAUAUCCCGAAUGUCCUGGUCAGAUGAAUGGGUGCUAAAGGGAAUCUCUGGUUAUAUUUAUGGUCUUUGGAUGAAAAAAACCUUUGGUGUUAAUGAGUAUCGUCACUGGAUUAAACAGGAGUUAGAUCAAAUAGUGGCAUAUGAACUGAAGACUGGUGGAGUUCUUCUGCAUCCAAUAUUUGGAGGAGGAAAAGAGAAAGACAACCCUGCAUCACAUUUGCAUUUUUCUAUCAAACACCCUCACACACUUUCCUGGGAAUAUUACACUAUGUUCCAGUGUAAAGCACAUCUUGUUAUGAGACUGAUUGAGAACAGGAUUAGCAUGGAGUUCAUGUUACAGGUUUUCAACAAGUUGUUGAGUCUGGCCAGCACUGCUUCAUCUCAGAAGUUCCAGUCACACAUGUGGAGUCAGAUGCUGGUUUCCACAUCUGGGUUUUUGAAAUCUAUCUCCAAUGUCUCUGGCAAAGACAUCCAACCUUUAAUAAAGCAGUGGGUGGACCAGAGUGGAGUGGUGAAAUUUUAUGGUAGCUUUGCAUUUAAUAGAAAACGCAAUGUGUUGGAAUUGGAAAUAAAACAAGACUACACAUCUCCUGGGACACAGAAAUAUGUGGGUCCUCUUAAAGUGACAGUGCAAGAACUUGAUGGAUCAUUCAACCAUACCCUGCAGAUUGAAGAAAAUAGUCUUAAACAUGACAUACCUUGCCAUUCUAAAAGCAGAAGAAAUAAGAAGAAAAAGAUUCCACUGAUGAAUGGAGAAGAGGUGGACAUGGACCUUUCUGCUAUGGACGCUGAUUCCCCUUUGCUCUGGAUAAGAAUAGACCCUGAUAUGUCAGUACUGAGGAAGGUGGAAUUUGAACAGUCUGAUUUCAUGUGGCAGUAUCAGCUUCGAUAUGAGAGAGAUGUGGUUGCACAGGAAGAAGCCAUUCUGGCACUGGAAAAGUUCCCUACCCCAGCAUCACGGCUUGCACUGACCGAUAUACUAGAGCAGGAACAAUGCUUCUACAGAGUGAGAAUGCUGGCCUGCUUCUGCCUUGCAAAGAUUGCAAAUUCCAUGGUGAGUACAUGGACAGGACCACCAGCCAUGAAGUCACUCUUUACCCGAAUGUUUUGUUGUAAGACCUGUCCAAACAUUGUGAAGACCAACAACUUCAUGAACUUUCAAAGCUACUUUCUGCAAAAGACUAUGCCUGUUGCCAUGGCCCUUCUGAGAGAUGUUCAUAACCUCUGUCCUAAGGAGGUUUUAAUGUUUAUUUUGGAUUUGAUCAAGUAUAACGAUAACAGGAAGAAUAAGUUUUCAGACAACUACUACCGUGCUGAGCUGAUCGAUGCCCUAGCCAACUCUGUAACUCCUGCAGUCAGUGUGAACAAUGAAGUUCGAACACUGGAUAACUUGAAUCCUGACGUUCGACUUAUUCUUGAGGAAAUAACUCGUUUCCUAAACAUGGAGAAGCUUCUUCCCAGCUACAGGCAUACCAUUACAGUCAGCUGUUUAAAAGCUAUUCGAGUGCUUCAGAAGAAUGGUCAUGUCCCAAGCGAUCCUGCUCUCUUCAAGUCAUAUGCAGAAUAUGGACACUUUGUAGAUGUCCGAAUAGCAGCAUUGGAGGCUGUUGUUGAUUAUACAAAAGUUGAUAGGAGCUAUGAAGAACUACAGUGGCUGCUUACUAUGGUCCAGAAUGAUCCUGUACCAUACAUAAGGCAUAAGAUUCUGGAUAUGCUGACUAAGAAUCCACCUUUUACCAAGAACAUGGAGUCCCCUUUAUGUAGUGAAGCUUUGGUAGAUCAGCUUUGGAAACUAAUGAAUUCAGGAACUUCACAUGACUGGAGAUUGCGAUGUGGUGCUGUGGACCUCUAUUUCACACUUUUUGGCCUCAGCAGGCCAUCUUGUUUACCAUUACCAGAGCUUGGACUUGUUCUGAAUCUCAAAGAAAAGAAGGCUGUUCUUAAUCCAACGAUUAUCCCUGAAUCAGUUGCAAAUAAUCAGGAACCUGUGAAUAUUGCUAACAAUCAUGGACAGUCAGUAGGAUUUCAGAACACCGAGGAUGAUCAUCUUAUUAAGGAAACAGCAUCCAGCAUUUCUGGUCAUCAGCAGGGGGUGAAGAGGAAGGCUGAUAUGCCACUCGGGUCUCCAUUGGAGCCAGGGCAAAUACUAGAGAAGAAUGAAGACAGUAAAGUCAAACUCAAAAUCAGAUUCUCAAACUCUCAAGAAGAGGAGGAAAUUGAUAUGGACACAGUUCAUGACAGUCAAGCCUUUAUUUACCACCAUUUGAAUAUGCUGGAGAGACCAUCCACACCAGGUAAAGAACAGUCUUCAGGAGAUAUAAGCAUGCAUCCUGUCUCUGCAGCUCCACUCUCUGUAUAUAGUAAAGAAACAAACUCCUCAAAACAUAGUGACCACCAUCAUCACCACCACCACGAGCACAAGAAAAAGAAGAAGAAACACAAGCAUAAGCACAAGCAUAAACAUAAACAUGAUAAUAAGGAAAAGGAAAAGGAUCCCUUUGCUUUCUCUAACAGUCCAGCCAGUGCGCGAUCAAUCCGUUCCCCAUCACUUUCAGACUGAUAGCAGUGGCUUCUCUGGAGUUACCUUGCAAUGUUCUCUGAAUACUUAGAAGGAUGUAUAUAACCAUAACUUCUAUCUUUUUUGAUGGAAAUAAGAAGAUGUCAAUUGCCUUAGCAAUUCAGAAGCUCUGUCACUGUUCUUAAGCCUUCUAUUUGCAGAUGCAGUUGUUGAAAUAAUCUGAUUGAAAAAACACGUUUGAUGAUUCUGAGUCAUUUUGUGUUUCACUGUCCUACACACCUCCCACUCUUUCUUCCAUUUUAAACAAAGCAAGCAGCUCUUUAUGUAAGAGCCCCAUGUCCACUGGCAACCCCCUGCACAUCAUGCUGACCAUGUGCACUGCCAGAACCAAUUAUGUUUUAAUCCUGUGAAGAAUGUUACGAGGCAGAGUACCUUUUAAUCAGAAGAAGCCAAUUGCCAGACCUCUGGUGGAGCGCUGUUUCCAGGCUGGUAUUGCAUAACCGAGCGUAGAGCUCCCGAGAAGACGGAUUUGCUGCAGUCUUCAGUUGACCUGUUCCUUGCUGUAACCAUUGCAGUGUAACAUCAGGAUGUUAAGAACAGUACAUAGAACGUUUUGCCUUUAUUUU